ACUGACGUGAUAAUGUCAUGACAGCAGGUGCCGGGUUAUCAGUUUGUGGUCUCGUGUUUAUUUUUACUAAGAUAAGGUUACGUUGUUGAAUAAAUUUGGAACUUGAUAUCAAGUAUUGGUUUUGAUAUAUGCAUUUCCACAGCAUUAUAAAAUACUUGCUUGUUCACGUCUAGUGUAUAGUGGUUUUCCUACAUGGUAGGUGGGUUGAUUAAUAUUGAUACAAUAACAAAAAUGAAAUUUUGUGCAAACCUCUCUUUUAUGUUUACGGAAGGAAAGACAAUAUUAGAAAGAUAUGCGCUGGCAAAGGAUGCUGGUUUUAAAGCGGUUGAGAGUGGUUUCCCAUUAGGGCACACCAUCGAAGAAGUAAGGUCAGCUAAGGAAAAUGCUGGAGUUCAACAAAUAUUGAUAAAUCUUAAAACAGGAGACCUAAGCAAAGGUGAACUGGGUGUGACAGCAAUACCAGAUAAACAGGCCACGUUUAGAGAAUACUUAAGAGAGACAAUUGACUAUGCAAAAGCUGUGGGUGCAAAAAAGUUACACAUUAUGGCUGGAAGGUUAGAAAAUAGUACAGAGAAAAAUUGGGAAACUUUUGAGAACAAUUUAAGGUAUGCUGCUGGAGAAUUGAAGAAGGAUAACAUAGUAGGUGUAAUAGAACCAAUCAAUCAAUAUUCUGUACCUAAAUAUUUUUUGAGUGAUUUUAAUAAAGCUGUUGAUCUGAUAACGAGGAUUGAUAGCCCACAUAUAAGGCUACAAUUGGACGUAUUUCACCUGCAGCAUAUUGCUGGCGACUUGACAAAUAAUAUAAAAAAACUAAUGCCAUAUGUUGGUCAUAUUCAGAUAGCUCAAGUACCCAACAGAAAUGAACCAGAUUCAGCUGGAGAAGUGAAUUAUGAAUACAUACUUCAGUUGAUAAAAGAAGCUGGCUAUGAUGACUGGAUUGGUUUAGAGUACAAACCACUGGGAAAUACUAAAGCUGGAUUAAAGUGGAUUCAGAAUUAUGGUUAUACUCUAUGAUCUGAACAAAUACAUUAUUUAUAUACUGUUAAAAA